CCUACCUGAAAUACCCCUUUUGAAACCCCGCUGAUCAAAAAAAAGAAAUAAGCUCUCCCCUCUUCGCCUCCCUUAACCGCCUCUGGUGCGUGUUCUGUGAUUCCGACGUCGUCGAGGCCAGCGGCUCUUUCGCGUGUCACCAUCCGACUCCUCCCUCCGUCACCGUCUUCGCUUCCUCUGACUUCUCCUCAAACUCCUCCCUUCGACUCGUCCUCCGACUCCAAAUAUGUCUUCAUCGUCUUGUAAUGGGGCGAAAAGUAGUUCGAGGAAAAGGGAAAGCGAAGCUGUUAGAUUCCAUAAGUGAUGAAGAAGAUACAGAAGAACAAACAAGUGAUGAGGAAGUAUCUAAAGGAAUUAUAGAAGCUGACACAAUCUCAAAUCCGCCAAAGAAGUUAAAGACAAAAAAAUUGGCGGGAAGAAAACCAAUUGAAGUUACUUCAUCUUCUGUCCCAAAGGCUUCACAUGAAAGACAUGCUCAAUCUCAAUAUGACCUUCGGGUUAGAUCGCCAAAAAAUCAAGGAAUCAACAUAGAACAAGCUGCUCCUCGGUCACAACCUCUUAGAAAGAGACCAAGAAUUGUGGUUGAGACUCAAGAGACACAAGCGACUGAAGAGUCACAACACAUCGCUUUUAAUAGAUGUAACAUGCAAGCGAUGAUUAGAUUAAUGAAAGGGUUUCCUAUCACUCCUGCGCUCAAAGAUUCGCUGAAAAAAAACACCUUUUUGGCAUUUGAUCAAUGCAUUUAUUGAGGAGAAGGUGAAGAGUGAACAUUGUAGAAAGUUCGAUGAGGUGGUUGUUAAAAUUGUAGAGUCGUAUGAUGCAAAUACAAGAACAUUUACAUUGGGAAACAAACAUGUCAAGCUCAAAAGGGAAGAUGUGAAGUUGAUUUUUGGGAUUUCAUGUGGAAAUGGGGAGAUAAACCAAGGUUAUUGUAAGAAAGAAGAUGUGCAGUUAGCGGUCAAGUGGAAAAUAAAGCAGAAAAGGUUGGAUACCUCAAUAAUCAAGAAGCUUUUAAAAGAAAAGCAAAACAGCAAGUUGGAAGAAGAUAUGGAUGAUGUCGCGAGAUUGUUGUGUUUGUUCCUUUGUGGGACGUUGUUCUUCUCUACAAGCGGAACCACAAUCAAUUGGGUUUAUGUUCGCUAUAUGGAAGACUUGAAUACGAUUAAACAAUUUGAUUGGGCAGAAGCUAUCUGUAAGUACUUGUUGAAAUCUACUCACGUGGAGCAUAAAGAUCCCAAAGAAGUCAAAGGUUCUUCAAUUCUAUUACUGUAUUGGCUUUGUGAGCAUAGCAACAUCCUGAAUCAAGAGAGCCCAGAUUCUAUUCCAAGGUUGCUCAAGUGGAACAUUGCAAAGCUGCGGAAAAAGCUCAAAGACGUGAGACAGUUGCAGCAACUCCCGGAUGAGAAGGUAAAAGAUGGGACACUUGAACAAACCACUGAAGAAAAAGUUGAUUAUGAAUUUGAGCAACAUGAGGUUCAGCAAGAUCAGGUUCAGCUAGUUGCUGGGGAGAAAGAUGAUGUCAACCAACAUGAGGUGAAGAAUGAUGAAUUUGUUGAAGCUCAAUUUGAAGUUCAGCAAGAUGAGGGGGAGAAAGUUGAAGUUGCUGAAGAUGAGAACGUGCCUGAUAGUUGUGGGUUGGAUGAUUUCGAUACUCCCACUGAUAUGUUUCAGUCUCCAUUGUGCUCGGGCGAAAUAGAUGAAUCACAGGCUGUUAGUUUCAGACGUGAUGAAGUGACCUCUCCCAAAUAUAAUUCGGAUUCAACUCUUGAACCUAAUAUAUUGAGUAGAAAAUCACUAUUGCAAGAAGAAGAUGAAUGCUUGAAUAAACUUGUGGAUAACAUAUUAGAUGAUUCAAAGAAGUAUGCAGCUGCAAUGGUUGAUGAAUUGAUAGAAGAAAGACACUCAAUUAGUGACAAUCUCACUGACAAGAUUGAAUAUUUGGAGAAGCAGAUGGAGAUUGAGAAACAAUCAAACAAGGAUGCACUUGCCAUGAUUGACGAAUUGAGGAAGGAAAAAGACUCAAUUACGAAUGACAUGUCCACGAAGAUUGAAUGUUUGGAGAAUGAAAAAAAGCAGAUGGAGAUUGAGAAAGAAUCGAUUUGCGAGCCUCUCAAUGACGAGAUUGCAAAAUUGAAGAAACUGGUGGAAAGUCAAGAUAAACAGAUUAUAAUGUUGAAAGAUGUUAUGAGCAAAGGCCCACUCACAUCGAUGCAUGAACUCAAGAACCAAAAACAAUCGUUGGAGAAGGAUCUGAUUGAGAAGGUUGAAAGUCUGGAGAAGGAAAAGAAGCAAUUGGAGCUUCAAAAAUUGAAAAUGCAAGAAGACAAUUACAUUGUGCUACAAUCUAAAGAUCAGCAAAUUACAGAAUUGGCAAGAGCAUUGGCAAGAAAAAUUGAAGAAACAGGAGAGGAAAUGAAGAAUCAAAUCCAAAGUCUUGACAAACAAAAUAAGAAGCUGUGUUUGGCAAAGGACAGAUACAUACAGACACUUUUGAACAAAGCCAGUGUCCUCGAGAAGCAAAAGGCUAAACAACAAGACGUCAAUAACGUAUUACAAAUGCAAAUUGACGAGUUCAAAAUUCAUGAGGUUACACAACGCUAUGCUGAUGAGACCGAGGGCGCAGUGCAUCAAGUAACACAAAAUGCAACUCUUGAGAAGAUCCGAAGACUUGAACGUGAAAAGGAGGAGCUUGAAUUGGAACUCUUAGAUAUUAGAGUGCAUGAAGAGAGACAGAAACGCAAGGCAGAAAAAUCUUUGAGCUCUCCAAAUUCCAACAUAAUAGCACUCAAGGCAAGAGAAAGAAAGAAGAACACAGAUGCGGACUUUGUCUAUGAAGAAGUAAAGAAGAAGACAAAGAUUGGAAAAGAACUUUUCAUAGAUGUAGAUAACUUCGUCGAGUCUCAAGAGGACGAAAGAGAAAAAAAGAAACUGAGAAAGUUGAAGGCAAAUGCUGAGGUACCAAAGCUUUUAAGUCGUGAAAGUUGGAUGGCGAUUGAAACACUUUGGAAUACAGCAGGCAUCAGUACUGUAGUAUGGUCUUCGAAAGAUGAACUAAUGCAUGUCACUGCUCAUGACAUACAGACAUUGUUGUUUGAAUCAGCAUUAUCAACCCGGUCUGUUGAUGCUUACAUGAAUAUCCUUAUGCAACAACACGUAGACCAACAACCGACGUUCAUAUUGGAAACGCAACCAGCCAAGUCUUUUGUGUUUCCCAGCUUUUUUGUGUCAAUCCUCAAUGACAAACAACCAAUCAAAGUGAAGAAGAUUCUCGAUACGACGAUGCCAAAGGCCGUAUAUGCAACUUUCCUGCUUUUCCCCAUAAUUCAUCAAUUCCAUUGGACAUUGCUAGUGCUUCAUAAAGAUGAGGGAAAGUGGAUAUUCUAUAAUUCUUUGUUUAAAGGGCAUCGAAAAGAUUUUUACUGUGAGACAACAAAUAAUUUGAGAAAACUUAUUGCAUACUAUAUUAAUAGUUAUUCCAAAUCAAGUGUUGGUAAAGGUAUUGGUGACACAGUCCACAUUGAGCAGUUUUCUCCUCAACAACCGGAUGGAUUUGUUGAGUGUGGGGUCGUCGUUAUCUUCUUGAUGAAGCAAUAUCUGAUGAACCAAGAACGGAGCAAAGCAAUAAGUAUUGAGGAAUGUAGGAAAACAAGAGCCGAGAUGAUAACUGCUUUUUUGAGUGACCAAAGCAAGUCGAGCACUUCAAAGGUUCCACAACCAGUACAAAACCUCAAGCAAAUUGCAGAAUCUUCAAAGGCUCUGAAACCACAGUUCAAGCAUUAUCAACUUAGGGUGAAACAAGGCCCUAAAAUCAAAUAGCAAUGUCAAUUGUCUCUUAUACUCGUUUUUGGAAGGAUUUACUCUCUAUGAAAAGAAGUUUUUGGUGGAUCUUUGCUGGACAGUCCACUGAGUCAUUAAUUGUGUUGUUGGCGGUGAAAUUUCCUUGUUUCCAUGACAUCAUGUUCAAUAAUGGCUUCCUGCUGCAAGGUUGUGUUUAUUCCCUAUUACAUUGUGAAUGCUGCUGAAUUGCUAAUUCCUGCAAGUGAACUCUCACAGCAGAUCAGAUAUCAGAGCACAUUGAAGGCGCAACUAUCUACUUAGAUGCGGGAUGUACUGAGAGUUUCCAGUGUCUCGGAGCAUUCCCUUUGUUACUGGAGCUUGGAGUACAUGUUGUUUGCAGCUUGGAAGACAUGUCUCCUCUUGAUAUGUGUUGAUUGUGGGGUCGUCGUUAUCUUCUUGAUGAAGCAUUAUUCGAUGAACCAAGAACGGAGUAAGGUAAUAAGUAUUGAGGAGUGUAGGAAAACAAGAGCCGAGAUGAUACUUGCUUUUUUGAGUGAUCAAAGCAAGUCAAGCACUUCUAAGUUGAAACAAGCAUAUCCUUUUGCUCUUUAUGCUUGUUAAUGCCUGUCUGAAGGUUGAAUUUACAGAAAACAAGUUGUGCAGUUUGUAUUUCUCUUUCAAGAAACUGAAGGUGUUUGUUGAAGAUCAAAAUUCUGUCUACUAUGUUGGAAGGAUUUUGUUAAGUUGCUGGUUGAUCUGUUAAAACUAAUGGAAUUGACAGAACACAUCUUGUUUUGUGGAAGUGACAGCUCUAACUGUUUUGUAAUUUUGUAUUGUAACCAGUUUGACAUCAUGGAUUUACUUUUCUUGUUG